GGUCGGCGUUAGAUCAUAUAGCGUUAACGUACGUACAGUGACGUCAAAAUUCUUAAGACCGGAAGUUGCUAGAUUUAGAUUUUUUUCCAAAAUGACGUCAGAGGUUACAUAUUAUUGCGGGAAGUUAAUUGCGCGAAAAUUUAAAAACAACAAUGGAGGACGCUUCAAGUGAAUGCGAAGGACAGUUUUUGUUUCUUUCGAGGGAUGAAUUGUUUAAUGCUUUUGAAGAUUUUAAGAAAGAUACUUGCACUGGAUGGCGUUGCGUCUUUAAAGACUCAAAAUUUGGUAAGUUUGGUAAACUGUUCAAUAAUUCAUAACAUGCAAAUGAGAAUAGACCAUAUUAAUAUACGGUACUACGGUAGCGACCAAAUUUAUACGAAUAGUGUGUGGAUCUAUUAACAAACACAUCAUUUGACAGCAGUAGAUCGACGGAAUUCCCUCAUAAUUUACAUUUAGACACUGCAAUGUAGGUCAAUCAUACUUUCACACACAUGUUUGAAUACAGGCUUAACAGUCAAUUUGAUAUAAUCACCAAAGUUAUAGUCUGUUAACUUUGUACUGUUUUGUACUAUAACAUGAUAAUAUGACCUUUUUAUAUGGAUGGAUUUUAAUAUAGAGAUGGAUGUGAAGAAACUUAUCGAAGAGGCAAAGAAUGCAUCCAGAAUAAAGUGGUCAGUAUCUGCCAUGAACGAUGGGAUAUGCAGUAAAUUUGAUGGGAUUCCUAUUCUGUCAGCUGGGACAAUGCAAUUUCACUGCCACCAAGGUGUUGAUAUAGACUUACCACAAAAAAUAAAAGAAAACAAAUUAAGGAUGACAAGGUAUAUUAUAUGAAAUACAUUCUAUUUAUUUUUAUACAUACAAACUUAAAUAAUACUUUGAUUACCGUAAACUCCCUAUAUUAAGCCCCCUGGGGCUUAUUCUAUUCAGGUCCUUUUGAGGGGGGCUUAUUAGAGGGGGGGGGGGCUUAUUUAGUUACCAACAAAAUCUUAGAUGAUUUUCUGCAAAAACCAAACAAAGUCCACGUUUAACAAUUAUAUUAUAACGUGUUUAUAGUACGUAUUAUAACGUAUUGUUAUUUGUAUGUAUAAUGUAUUACAGUAGUCCCCGCCAACUCGAACUCGCUUAACUUGAACUCCCCGCUAACUCGAACUAAAUCCAAUUUCUCUUGGAUAUGUUUUUAUAGUAAUUUACUCCACUUAACUCAAACUCCUCGCUAACUCAAACAAAUUUUGUUUUCCCUUGGGAGUUAGAGUUAGAGUUAGAGGGGGACUACUGUAUAUCCAUAUGAAAUUGGAUAUUUUGGAGCCAAAAAUGAAAAAUGAAUGUAAAUGUGGGGGGGGGGGCUUAAUGAAUUUCUUCCUCUUAAAGAGGGGCUUAUUAGAGAGGGGACUGAUUUGAGAGGCAGGCUAAAUAGAGAGUUUACUUUAUAUACAAUAAUAUGAUUUUAUUUCAGAAAUUUGACCAUGUGUUUGUAAGGAGGAGAACCUUGAUACAGCCAACAAAAAAGUUGGGGUGUCCAAGCAAAGUUUACAUUUCACGGUUCCUGAGGUUCCCUGAUUACAAGGUAUUGUACAUUGUACAUGAGAGGUAAUACCCACUAAAACAAACAAAAGAAAUGUGUUAUAUAAAAGUAAUUUACAUUGUUUUAAGUGGUUUUAAGUGGUUCUGUAUCUACUACAUACAGUUAUUGUACAGGCAUUUUUAUUUGGUUAAAUUAUAGGUACAAUAUGACCCAAAUGGAAGCAAACCUGACAGACAGAUGAGGUCAAUGUCUUCUUCACUGAAAACAGACAUCAAAAGUGAGAAGGACCUAAAAAUCGUAGAGGAAUUUGUCUUAAAGCUACCAGCAAACAAUUCUCAUAUGUACCAUGUCAUUGAAGGAGAGGUACAGUAACUACAGUUUAUCUAUUUAUAUAUUUUUUCUAUAAGGAUCUGGUAUUUCAAGAAAAAACUAUUAUUACACUAACUUUUUUCUACUUUGAUUAUAUGUCCAUUUUUCACCUUAGGGAGCUAAUCUUCGUGAGCCAAUCGAUGUACAAGUGGUUGAGAAAAUAAAAGAACUUCAUCGAAUUGGUGUAAAGACGGUAGAAGAAGUCAAAAGACACUUGAAUAAUUAUGUUGUGAACACAUUAUUUGCAGGAAAAGAGCCACCAUCUCAAGCCCGAAGAAGAUAUUUUCCAACUACCAACGAUAUCCGUAACAUUUUAAAUGCCCAACGCUCUGGUGACCGCAAAGCAACUGAUGAUCAAGAGAAUCUUUGCCUUAAGUGUGAAAAAUGGCAACAAGAAAAUCCUAAGGACUCUAUAUUUUUUAGGGUAAUUAAACUAGAUAAUCACUACUCCAGUUUUAAUUUUUAGGCAGAUUGCAUGAAUCAAAUAGACCAAAUAUUAAUGUAUCACUCACUCUGUGGUCAAUAUUCCGAAAACCAAAAUUUGUACUUUUUCAAAGGCAUCGACCAAAGACAAGGAAAAAUUCUUAUUUGUCUACCAAUCUGCCUGGAUGAAAAGACUACUGUUACUAUAUGGCCAAGAACUGUGUUUGUUGGAUGCCACUUACCGAGUUUGCAGGUAACAGAGUACAGCAUGCCUUUAUACAGAGCCAUCAGUACUGCACCAAACGUUUGGCUGUCUGGAAUGAUAUGUUGUUAUGAUUAAGUUGCAUAAAUUAAACUUUGAUUUCCAGGUAUGCUGUUCCACUCUUCUUUAUCUGUGUUCGAGCAAAUACUGGCUACAUUGUGGUGGCAGUGUUCAUACCAGAAAAUGAAGACAUCGAUUCUUUGGUGGAAGCACUGGAACUGAUCAAGGGAUUCAAUCCUGACUGGAAACCAAAUAACUUCUUAGUUGAUUUCUCCUUAGCUGAAAUUGGAGCCAUAGAAAAAACAUUUUCAAGUGAGUAAAGAUUUCACCCUGGGAUAAAUAUGGACCAUUAGUUAAAAGUAUGCUGAAGUUGUUAACAUGAUACAGUAACAACUAAAUGGUACAACAGAUAUAUAUGGCAAUGUACUGAAUGCACCAGCCAUUAUAUGAAGGUACUAAAUAAGUGCAAAAUUAUCAUUGUCAAGUUGGAAACGAAUUAGAAAGAACCCACGUUGUAUGUUUUUAGAAUGUCGCAUCCACCUGUGUGAUUUUCAUAGAGAAAAAGCCUGGAAUGAAUGGCUAUCAAAGAUCGACCAUGGCAUGUCUACUCGUAAAGAUGAAGUUUUGGGUUAUCUACGGAGCAUAGCCAGCAGUGCCAGUAAGCUUGAUCUGGAGAAAAACACUCUAGCAUUUAAAAGCAGUGAAGUAUGGAAAAAUUCUCCUACCCUACAGAAGUACUACACUGAACACUGGGAAACACAUAAAGAGGUACAUAAUGAUGUACUUCACAUUUAAAGUACUCACUUGUUUAAAGAUAAAAACAUUGAUAUAUUUUUAAAGAGUGCUUAUAUUACCGUACCCUGUAAAAAACAAACUUGAGAGAAAUUUCCAAUCAUCGGUCCAUUUAACAACUAAAAUUAUAUUUCAGAAAUGGGUGAGGUUCUACCGUGCUACUGCCUUACGUGUUGCAAUAUACACUAAUAACGGAAUAGAGCGACAAAACAACUGGCUGAAGUCAUCUUAUCUUGAGAGGAAAAGAAACAGCACCAUAGCAGAACUGGUGGAUGUCUUGCUCACACAAUUUCUUCCUGAUAGUUACAACAAGUAAGACAUCUUCAGUAAUGUAUAUACUCUAUAGUAUACAAUGUACUGUAUUUUCCCCAGUGAUUUAUCAUCUGUGUAGCCGACUGCACAACGUCAACCUAUUUGUUUACCUGCAGAAAUUGCAUUUAAAUCUUUGUUUAUCACUGUUCACAGAUACAAACAACUUAAUCUUCGGUCAUCAGAAAUGUACAGGAAGUAUGACAGCAAAGUUCCAGAGUUUUUGCAUAACCGUCCAAACGGAAUUGUUAGACAUAUCAUGAAAAGAAUGUAUCCAGAGUAUCCAAGCAGUUAUGUUCAAAAUUGUGGACACAAGCUAUUCAUGGUGAAUAGUGAAACAUCUGACACAAGAUACCAAGUGUGGCUUGGCUCAGAUAUCCAACUUCCAAGCUGUCAAUGUGUCGAUUACAGGAUAAACAGGCUCCCUUGUAAACAUAUUUGUGCAGUGGUCAAUCUUCCAGAUGUUGGAUGGCAGUCUCUUGGGGCAAGUUUCAAUAACUACCCACUUUUUAAAUUGGAUUCUACUGUGGUAACAUACAAUUCAUCUGCUCAGUCAUCAACUAUCCAAAACAACAGUGCCACUAAAGAGAAUGAUGCCAGCAAAGACGAUGAUGCUAGCAAAGGAAAUGAUGACAACGAUGGUGCUUUUGUUGACCAAGCAGAAAACAUCAAAACAGCAACAUCACCAGAAAAACUACAAAAGAAAAAUGAUGUUCAAUACAAAGGACUGAAAGCAAGGAAGCAAGGACUGAAAGUAAAUGCUAGAGCGAAAUGCAUUUCAACACUAAAAGCACUGAAUGAUGAGCUAUAUAUAGUGCAAAACACCAAAGUAUUGUCCAAGCUGCAGUCAUUGAUGCAAGAAGCACUAACUUAUGCACGGGCUAACCAUCCUGAUGAGAACAACAUUCCUUUAAAGGAUAAAACACUCUCUCCAAUUAAGCGUGCCAAGAAAAGGAAAGUUAGUCAGCUGAGUGGCAAAAAACCAUCGUUACCCUUGCAAGCUAAGAGAAGAAAAAAGAAGCGCUUUGGUUUUGGUGCAGAGAACCGAGAAAAAUCAGCUGAUCUCACCAUCACAUCAAAUGGUUCUGUCAAGAACAAAGAAAAUAAAAGAGAGAAACCUGUUGUCAUUGAUUUGACCACUCUCGAGAAUUAUGAACAGUCGAAUGCCAAAGCACAACCGUGGUUAACUGUGCAAGGAAUUAAUCUAACAGAAGAAUUACGAGAAAUUCUGAUGAAUGAAAAGGAAUGGCUUUCAGAUGAACAUGUGGAUGCAGCUCAACGGUUACUAAAGUCAGAGAACCUUGGUGUUGGUGGCCUGAAUGAUAUUGUUGUGAUGACUCACUUCAAAAAAACAAGAGUCGACUUUGCAACUGCAGAUGGUAGGACUAUUCAAUGCCAUAACAUUGGAGGCCAUUGGGUGGUAUCGACAUCUGUCCAUGGUAGGGUUACUGUGUAUGAGAGCUUGUACACUGGGCUCAACAAAACGUUACUGCAACAACUUGCGUAUCUGUACCAAAACGUUUGUGUCGAGGGACAACUUACAGUGACUGUUGUUUUACAACAACUUCAGAAAGGCCUUUCUGAUUGUGGCCUAUUUUGUCUAGCAAAUGCCACAGCACUUACCCAAGGAGUGAAUCCAACUUAUGUUACGUGGGAUCAAAGUAAAAUGAGAGAACAUCUUGCAGAAUGUUAUAAAAAUAAUCGAAUGAAAGUGUUUCCUCAUCUACCUAAUUGGCAAGGUGGUAAGCAAACUAAAGUCUACAAACUGAAACUCUUGGGUAAAUAAUAGAAUAGUUGACAUAAGUCAGCCUCACAGCCUGCAUUGUUCUAUUGGUGUAUAACUGUAUAUAUUGACGUAUAUUAUAUGUAUAUUUCUAAAAUUCAUAAUAAUUCAUAAGCAAACUACAAAGGAAUUUCAUGACCCGUAGCGAAUCUAUAUCAUAGUAUAUACAGUAGACUCGCUUAAAAUUUCUCCUUUAAUUUUUAUGGCGUAGAUAACACCAAUAUUCAAAAUUCCAACGCCAGUAUAAAGUGUACAAAAUCAGUCAUUUUAGAAGUCAUAUACAAACCUUGCAGUUCGGUCUUUAUCUAAAACCUUCGGCUUCACUGCUUUAUAAUUACACUCUUGAAUUUGAUAACAAUAUAAAUUGUAUCACUGUAAAAUACCUAACGGAUUAACUGAAUUAAAAUUUGUGACAUACCUCUCUCCAAUUAUCGUAAACAGCAAGUGAUAUCAUUACAAAACCGUCUUCAGAUCGAGUAAAGUAUAUAACAGAAGUGUAUCUUCAGUUAUAUCUCUAAAUGUGGCGAAAUCUAGAGUUUAAAGAUUGCGUUUAAACUAAAUAAUACGAUAUAAACCUGAGGAUAUAAUCUUCUUAUCGCGCCUGCUGCUUGAAGUCCUUGAAUUUAAAUCCCUGUGACUCGUGUAAGUUUACACUUCUGGCACAGUACUUCCGGUCUUAAGAAUUUUGACGUCACUGUACGUUAACGCUAUAUGAUCUAACGCCGACCCUCGGCCACCCACUCAACACACUGGGCUGUAUAAUAACUGAGACUUGCCCUAUCCACUGAGCUAUACUAUAUUACUGGAGGACGUGCUCGGCAUCAAAAAGUGUCCGCAAAAACAUGGCGGAUUUCGGCCUUUGCUGACGCCAGAAUGACGCCAUAUGGUUCCUCCGGCUCAUGGUAAUUACCACUGACCAGGCUCAAUUUUGAGCCUGCUACGACUUUCACACCCCCUGGUUCUUAUUAAAAUAUUUUUGCUUGCUGAAGUUUUGCAGUAUAUUCUCAUAGUUUUUUAUUUUUUCAUAUUUUUUGUACCUUUCACCACUGGUUCAAAUGUGUGCAAGUCGUGCACAUUAUAUUCUCGUCCUCAAAAGACAGAAAACCUCGAAAUACUUCCGCAAAAACGAUAUUCAAAGCCGCAACUACAGGUAAAAUAUUUCUCAGUUCAUAACUUCACACACUGAGUCACACUCGAGCGAAUUUUCUACAAAAAUUGUUGGGUUUAACUGUGGUACAAUGUAUUAUAUUUUAGCUACAAGUAUGUAAAGGUCUCUAAAGCCUUGUUGUACAAAGUAAUAAACUUUCGUUUCAUUUAAAUCGUGAGCAAAAUGGUAUUUUGAUCUAUUGUUUACAUGCUCUAUUUGUUGCAAUAUUUUAUGAUGUUUUGAAUAAGCCUGCAGUUUGUAUUUCAUGACACUAUUUUGAAAAUUUAUAAUUUUCUGUAGGUGGCAAGAAACUGUGCAUUUUACAAAUAUCAAAUUAUCUUAAUUUGACCCUGGGGACUGAUUUUAUGACAUGAAAGUACAGUAUAAUGUGAGCAGUACCACUAUAUUUUGAGGGAAUAACAAAGAGAAUUUAUAGUAUUUUAUAUUUUGUACUAAUUUAUAUGCAAAAGCUAGAGGUACUCAAGGAAGCUUAUUCUGCUGUCGGAGUACCUUAAGGAGUUUUGAAUCACUGUGAUUGUAGUUCUUGGGUGGGGGUUCGAACUAGUUAGUGUAGGAUGAUGCAAUUGUAGCUAAACCUAAGACAAAUAUUAACCUCGACGUUUCAGCCGAAUAUCUUGGGGCCUUUAUAUUAGUUCAUAUUUUUUAGGUUUUGGUGUAAAUACACAUAGGAUUAUGGUUUCUGUAACUUGUGAGUCACUCAACUUGCCAACAAAUUAAGUUCAAGCAUCGUCUGAAAACCUAGUAUAUUUCUUUUGUAUUCGUCAUUUUCCCUUGAUAUGGUUUCUCAUGCUUUUUCUCUUUUAGAAUAACCUAUAUAAUCUAUUCUUGUUUAUUGCAAAAGUAUCUACCACAACGAUGCAGUUGAAAUUGUAUUAUUUUAAUUUAAAUUCUUCAAUGAAUAAUUAUUAACUACCAAUCAACAAUGAGUCAUUCCAGAAAAGAUAAACACUAACCCCACAGAAGGAAAUGGUGCUGUCUGAAGUGGUCAGAACUCAACUGCUGAUAAUAGUAAAAGUAUUAGCUAAGGUGUUCAAAAGUCGGAGGAAGCUGAACCUCCCAUCUCUUCCAUUAGGGGUGUGGAUAUUUUCUUGAAUGACCCAAUCAGUUCGAACUAACUGUAUAAUCAAGUUAUUCUAGUAUAAUUAUCACUUUGUAGUCCCAUGAACAGCUCAUGAGCUGUGACAUCACUUUGGCUUAUCUCUUUUCAAUUUUCUUUUGGUAGCAAUUGUUAAUAGUCACUUAUGCUGCAUGCUAAUUAGGUUUUAUUAUUAUAAUUAUAAGGAACAUGUUUGUGCUAUAUGCAAAUUAUCUCUAGGUAUUAUAUAAGGACCUUGCUUGUAAAUAGAUCAUUUAUGUUAUUAAACUCAUACACAACUUAACAUGGUGGCAGCGGUGGGAUGAUUAUGCAAGAAGGAAAACCAGUUUGUUUUACGUCACACACUUUAACAGAUACAGAAAAACAAUAUGCGCAGAUUGAAAAAGAGUGUUUGGCUAUCAUGACAAGUAUGAAGAAGUGGCAUCAGUAUCUCUUUGGUAAACAUGACAUUAUGCAAGAAGGAAAACCAGUUUGUUUUACGUCACACACUUUAACAGAUACAGAAAAACAAUAUGCGCAGAUUGAAAAAGAGUGUUUGGCUAUCAUGACAAGUAUGAAGAAGUGGCAUCAGUAUCUCUUUGGUAAACAUGACAUUAUGCAAGAAGGAAAACCAGUUUGUUUUACGUCACACACUUUAACAGAUACAGAAAAACAAUAUGCGCAGAUUGAAAAAGAGUGUUUGGCUAUCAUGACAAGUAUGAAGAAGUGGCAUCAGUAUCUCUUUGGUAAACAUGACAUUAUGCAAGAAGGAAAACCAGUUUGUUUUACGUCACACACUUUAACAGAUACAGAAAAACAAUAUGCGCAGAUUGAAAAAGAGUGUUUGGCUAUCAUGACAAGUAUGAAGAAGUGGCAUCAGUAUCUCUUUGGUAAACAUGACAUUAUGCAAGAAGGAAAACCAGUUUGUUUUACGUCACACACUUUAACAGAUACAGAAAAACAAUAUGCGCAGAUUGAAAAAGAGUGUUUGGCUAUCAUGACAAGUAUGAAGAAGUGGCAUCAGUAUCUCUUUGGUAAACAUGACAUUAUUGUGCAAACGGACCAUCAACCUUUAGAAACAAUUUUUAAAAAGCCACUUAGUAAGGCACCUCGAAGACUUCAACGGAUGAUGCUUCAACUACAGCAGUAUAACUUUGAAGUUGUGUAUAAAAGAGGGAAAGAACUUUAUGUUGCAGAUACUUUGUCACGGGCAGCAUUAAAAGAAAAUUGUGCGGUGGAGUUGGAGUCAGAAAUGGUAUUUCGAGUUGAGCUGGAGCAGAUGGGUUUAAAACCUGCCAUGAUGUCAGACUGUACAUUAAAUAGAAUGAAAGAAGAGACCAGAAAAGACCAAACAUUGAAGUGUUUGUUGGAAACGGUACGAAAAGGAUGGCCAUCAGAUAAAUUAAUGGUUCCACCGUGUAUCAAACAGUAUUGGUUUUUUCGAGAAGAAAUUACGCUUUACGAAGGGGUUCUUUUGAAGACGCAUCAAGUGAUUGUACCAACAGUGUUGAGGAAAGAAAUGUUGGAAAAGAUUCACAAGUCUCACCAAGGUGCUGUCAGUAGUAUACGUCGAGCUUGAGAAGCACUGUUUUGGCCCGGAAUGUCAGCUAAUAUUCGUCAAAUGUCUGAAGCUUGCGGAAUUUGUGCUCAAUUCCAAACGGAACAACCGAGAGAGCCUAUGAAAUCGCAUGAGAUUCCUAAGUUACCCUGGUCAAGAAUAAGUGUGGAUUUAUUUCAAUUAGCUGGUAAGAACUAUUUGGUUAUGGUUGAUCAUUAUAGUGACUUCAUUGAACUUGAUCACUUGAAAAACACUACGGCUAAUUCUGUAAUUAAGGUGAUGAAAAACAACUUUGCAAGGCAUGGAAUUCCAAGUGAAUGCGUUAGUGACAAUGGUCCUCAAUUUGACAGUUCGGAAUACAGAUCUUUUGCGAGAGAAUAUGGUUUUACAACGGUUAAGUCGUCUCCGUAUUAUAGUCAAGGGAAUGGUUAAGCAGAAUCGGCGGUGAAGGUUGCCAAGAACAUAUUAAAAAAAUCGGGCAACGAAGAUCCUUACUUGGCAUUAUUAGCUUAUCGCAAUACUCCGCAACAAGGAUACGUAUAUUCUCCAGCUGAAAGAUUAAUGGCACGGAAACUAAAAGAUAUUGUUCCAAUGGUACCGUCACAGUUAAAACCACGAUUAGUUGACAGCAAAAUUGUAAGAGAGGACAUAAUGAAGAGAAGAAUUCAAUCAAAGAUUCAGUAUGAUAAAAAAGCGUCACGUCCAUUGAAAGAUUUAGCCGUUGAUGAUCGUGUUUACGUGAAGCCUAGGCAAAAGUAUAAGCCUUGGAUUUAUGGGAAAGUCAUCGAAAGGCCUGAUGAAAGGACGUGUGUUAUGCAAACGCCAUUAGGAUUAGUUCGCCGAAAUCGGAAGCAUCUCAGAAAGAUUAAAGGGGAAAGUUCAGAACAUCAAGUACGUGAUGAACAAUUCAUGGAUAUUGUUUCUUUACCGGAUAUUGAUAGUGACGUGACUAGUAGCAACAACAACACGGUUGAUCCUGAUGAAGAAGGGCUGGAAAUGCAGAACAGGUAUCCGGAGAAGAUCCCGUGUCAUUAA